GCCAAUCACAUCGUAGUAAGUAGCACACCAGCAACACUGGGGCGGGCAACCAAGCGGGAGGUUUAAAUUGCAAUUGUGUCCCGCUUGAAUCUUGGAAAACUAUCCCAAAAGCUGCCGAACUAUAUUUUACUUGGGUCUCCUAUCUGCAACAGAGCAAAUGUCUCACAAAAGGCCGCUUCAGGAGUUGUCCCUUCUGAGUGAUAAAUUCGAGGGCUCAAUGCUGUCCGACUCGCACCAGCGGAACAAACAGAAAAGCAGGGAAUGUCUUGGGGGUCUGGAUAAUGAGAACACCCCUACUGAACUCAUCCAGGAGUGGUCACCACCUCACAAGCACUCGCGGGUAGUCAUUAAAGGCAAAGAAAACCAGGGAAACAAAGGAAGACGGUUUGUUCUUGCUAGGCGAUCCAGAAAAAGCACGCAAUUCACGGUUGCAGUGUCCUGUUGGGAUAGUUUACCGGACGAGCUGUUGCUGCACAUCCUCUCCUGUCUGCCGCUAAGGGACCUGCUUAGGAUGUCCAGGGUCUGCAAACGCUGGCAUCGCCUGGCGUUUGAUGAGACGCUGUGGCAGAGUGUGGAUCUGGUGGGGAUCACCCAGCUGGACUGUGCCCUGGGGCAGGUGCUCACAGCUGGGGUGAAGAGACUGCGCUGCCCCCAUACCUUCCUUGGGGAACCACAUUUCACUAACAAAGGGCGCCUGCAUGUCCAGCACAUGGAUCUCUCCAGCUGCACUGCCAGCCCUUCGGUCCUGCUGGACAUCAUGUCCCGGUGCCGGCAGCUGAAUCACCUGAGCUUGGAAGGAAUGGAGCUUUCCGACGGCAUCAUCCAGUCUCUGGCCGAGAACCCCAACCUGGAGGAGCUGAACCUGUGCGGCUGCUCGGGCUUCUCUGCCGACGUGCUUGGAGACAUGCUCCAGUCCUGUUCCCAGCUGGAGAAUCUGAACAUAUCGUGGUGUGACUUCAGCCCUGAUCACGUGAAGGCCGUGGUGGAUAACCUAGCGUGUAAAAUGGUCCACCUCAAUCUCAGUGGCUACCGUCAAAACCUGACCAUGGAAGACCUGAAAACCUUGGUGGAGAGAUGUCCAAACCUCCAGGUUCUGGAUGUUAGUGACAGUGUUCUCUUGACGACGGACUGUUUCACCGUUCUUCUGGAACUGAAAGAACUCGUAAACCUGGGUUUGAGUCGCUGCUACCUCAUCCACCCUGCUUCCCUGGCUGACUUGGAGACGUUUCCUUCGCUGAGGACUCUGCAGGUAUAUGGGCUGGUCCAAGACAGCUACCUUCCCUCCCUGAAAAAGGGCUUGCCUCGCGUCAGCAUCAACAGCGAGCCGUUCUCCCGCGUCGCUCGUCCCACCCCCGUCGACCUGAGGGAACACCGCAUGUGGAACAUGAGGUGUCGGCUGAAAUACAGGCUUUAGAACGCGUUAGUCGUCUCCUUCAACUGCACUCAAGUAGUAUGUUGGUUUUCUAAAGGACAUGUUCGGGUUGGGAGUAUUUCUGACUGUUGUGGAGAUGAUUUUAUGAGGGCUGAGUUUGAGCAUUACGUUAGAAAGCUUUCAGCCAGUGCUGGUUGUCAAGUGAGACAGAGAUUUCAUUAUGCCUUGAAGGUGCACAGUCAGGGUGAGAUUUAAAAAUGCAGGUACUAUGCAUUUCUUCUGUAUAACAAGCAGAGGACGUUGUAGGAUUUUUAGGGUUCUCAUUUUAGAAAUGUUUUAAUCUUAAACUGUUUUACCGGUAGAAUUUGAUAAGAAUGUGAAAGGAAGUCAAUUUGUGAAAUCGAUGCACAAAGAUAAAGCCAGAGAAUGUGGUGCAGUUUAUAUUUGCCUUAUGAAACAUUCCAAAGACAGACUUGCUUGAUAAAAGACUGGUCCUAACUUUGUUCAACUAUGUUGAUGAUGCUCACGUUCUUGAAGUUAUGUUACCAUGCUGAUGUGUAAUCAUUUAUGUACUGAAUGUCAAAUGGAUGAAGCUAAUACUUGCCUAAAAACUGACUAUAGAACAAAUUCCACUAUUUAAAUCCCUUUUUUGAAAGUCUGCAUUGUUUCAAAAAGGGCCAAACUGUCGUUUUUGUAACUAUUUCAUACAUGAAUUUGAACAAAGUUGAGGCGGCUGGUAAAAUUAAUCUUCAUUUAUUAAUUCAGUUCAUGUAAGAAGGGAUUGAUGUUACUCAGACAGUAGAGCUUGUUUCAGUCAGCUAUUUUUAAACUGAAAAUGUUGGACUUGUCAUGCUAUGUAAUUAGUGUCCAUUAGUGUUCAGUGAAUGAGAGCACUAAGGCAUCAGUAAUGUCAAUGUCAGCCACAAGAUGGCACCCUGCACCCUUUUAUAUGGUUCUCAUUCUACUAGGUUUUGAAAGUUGGGCAUCUUAAGGAAUUGUUGGAACUUUUUAUUCGUGCAUUGUGCAAACAUUUUGGAAAUGUCUACAUACAAUUAUGUAAAUAAAUGUUUUAUUUUAAGUCUUGGUGGAUUUGUGAUGAGUUAAGGCCCAACAUUGUUAUGCUUAAAAAAAGGCUUACA